UAAUGAUACUUAAUGGAACAACACAGGAAAAGAGCAAUAUAUUGAGACGGAAACGUACUGAAACGCUUUUUCACACUCCCUAGAGAAACUCAAAGUGAUAACGAAAUCGUGACAGAAUUCAUAACUCGCGCACUUCAACAGCGAAGAGACAGGAAGGGUCGAUUGGCAAUUGUACCAAUAAAAAAUAACUAAAAGUUGAAUGCAAUUGCAGUGCAAGAACGUUAUGCGCCAUCGCUAUAUACUCGCAGAUCCAGUUUACCUGCCCGGUCUUAUGUUGCAUGUGCGAGACAGGUGUACCUACCGGGCUCCUUCAAAAAGCCCCUUGGCCGCCAGCCGUUGUAGCGUGACUUUGAAAGUCACAAAACGACAAAACAGAUCGUAAACAGAGAUGAGUUUUGCAAGAAGGUGAACAUCGCGUUUCCUGGUCAACUUUUUUUUCGUGGGAACUUGGGAGAAACAUUGACAAUGUCGGGCUUGCUGUCUCGAAGGAAAAGCUCGACAAAUGCUCGAGAGCUCAUGGCGUCAUCCUCGUCCAUAAAAAUUGUUCUGCUCGGCAAAAAGGGUGUUGGAAAAUCUGCAAUUACUGUUCGACUACUCACUAAACGAUUCAUUGGAGAGUAUGAUCCAGAGUUGGAAACUUCGCUGAAAUAUAUAACAAAGAUCAAUGGCGAAGAAAUAAUUACAGAAAUAAUGGAUACUGCGGAAAGGUCGGAGGAAGCAAGGCUGUUACCGUGCGCUCAAUGGGCAGAUUGUUUUGUCUUGGUAUUUUCCAUUGUGGACAAGGAGAGCUUCAUUGAAAUGACUCGUCUGAAGAACACAGUUGAUCGAAUUGUUAAUUGCAAUUUGAAGCCUAUGGUUAUAUUGGGAAAUAAACUCGAUCUUGAUGCUGUGAGGGAUGUACCGUACGAGGCUGGAAUACAAUAUGCCAGUGAAGUAGGCUGUCCUUACCACGAACUGUCAGCAAGGGAAAGUUACGUAGAUGUGGAAAAGGUUUUCGCAACCAUAAUAGAGGUGACAGUUCGUUGUUCGAUGAUAAACCAGCUAAAUAAGCUAUACAUACCAUCGACACAAACGCACAGGGAAACAAGGGAAAGAAGGACGUCUUUUAAAAGUAUCGUAAAAAAUUUUACUCGACAGAAAGCUAUCAAAGAAGAAAUUAAAGAAAUAAAAGAAACUCAAAUCGAAGAGAAAAAUGAAUCGAACAACACUAAUCAUAAAAGGGAGUUUAAAGAUAUGCCGCAGGCAAGGACUCGACAAAGGAGCAGUACGUGCACGUUUUGAAGAAAUAAAGGAAUGAUGUAUUUUAGGAGGUAUCCCCCGGCCUAGAUAUUGCUGGUGGGCGACAGCUAUAGGAAUAUUGUUUAUAAGUAUAACAUAAACUAGGGGACAAUGGUGCAGUUUAUGUGCCCCAGAAUUCGAGUAGAAAGCCCAGGGCUGACUAUGUAUUAUACGUAGUGGUUUUUCUUAUAGUACUCGACGCAUUGUAAAAUAUUUUGUGAAUGCUAAUUAAAGCUUAGAGAAGUAUGAAAAGGAAAUAUCUUACAA